AUGCCUACACACUUCGGCCUUGAUCAACAUACUCCCUCAUUCAGAACGAGAGCAUCUUAUCGCUCAUUCGCCAACCUCGACCUCGUAGGGUCAUUUCUAGUGAUGGCUGGCUCGUUCUUACUUGUCACUGUCCUAAAUGAAGCGAACCUGGCAUUUCCUUGGGGUUCGGGAGCUGCAAUAACUCUCAUUGUUCUCACGGCAGUUGCCUGGGUUGCCUUUUUCUCCUGGGAAUGCUAUAUCUCGGACAUUCCUGGCAAAGAUCCGAUCUUUCCCAAACGUUGGCUUUUUGAGCGCCCAUGGAUGGGCAUCUUGCUUUGCUCGUUUGCCAUCGGUGCGCCACUCAACGUCGUCCUCGUCUACGUUCCCCAGCAAGCCCAGCUCCUGUUGGGCAAGUCGCCUCUUGAGUCCGGCAUCUACCUGAUUGGGUAUUCUGCCGUUGCAGCCGUUGCUGCGGUUGCCAUCAAUCUUGCCAGCUCAAAAGGACGGAUACCGUUCGUAUACUCUCUGCUUGUGGGCUGUACAAUCCACACUGUGGGCGUUGGGCUCCUAUCGACUAUCGCCACUGAGAAGGGGUUCCAAGCCACUGAUAUCGUCUAUGGUGUCAUUGCUGGUGCAGGGCUUGGAUCAACGAUGGGAAUUCUUGUUCUAUCUAUACCAUACAUAGUCGAGGACAGAGAUCUUGCGAUUGCCACUGGUGCAGUCGUUCAGUUCCGCUUCCUGGGCGGCGCUGUUGGUCUGGCCAUUGCAUCCAACAUUCUUAAUGGCCGUUUGGCGCAUCACUUACACGGAUUUCUGACCAGACAUGAAUUACAUUUGUUCUUAGAAAAUGUGAAAGCGAUAAACUCUCUGUCCCCCAAUCUUCAAGAGGGCGUGAAGGGUGUCCUUGCAGACAGCUUCACCACCCAGCUGAGAGUUAUGAUCGGAUUCGCUGCGGCUUCUGUACCGGCAGCUCUGCUACUAUUAAAGCCAGGCAGAAGACAGCUUGCGGCCGACCGGUAUUGUGGUUUAUUCUCGGGGUAG